ACGUCUUAUAUCUGUCAAAAUGACUGAAACGGCGGAAAAUUUUCAUGACAUCAAAUCGAUCUACGACUUCAACGCCAAAGAUAUAUACGGGGUGAACGUCCCUCUGAAAAAGUACCGUGGACACGUCUGCAUAAUCGUUAACUUCGACACCAAGUGCGGCUAUGCCAAAAGCAACUUCGAUGAACUGGCGGAGAUCUUUAAGCAGUACGAAGAAUCGAAAGGACUCAGAAUAUUGGCAUUCCCUUGCAAUCAAUUCGGCGAUCACGAGCCCGCUACCAACCUGGAAAUUUCUAAGUACAUCAACGAGAAAAAGAUCAGAUUCGACGUGUUCGAGAUUGUGGAAGUCAAUGGAAAUAACGCCCAUCCCCUCUGGAAGUAUAUGAAACAUAAAAAACCCGGCACCACUGGUCUUUACAUCAAGUGGAAUUUCACGAAAUUCAUCAUCGACAGGAUGGGACAGCCUGUAGAAAGACACGGUCCUAGCACACCACCGAAGGAUCUUGUGCGCAAUCUGGAGAAAUAUUGGUGAUUUUAUAUCAAAAUGUACUGAAAUAUUCUUAUGAUUGAAAUUCUAAUUUUGCUGUUCUUUUCUCAACACGGAAAUGGAAUAUGAGUAAAAUAUAGUUAUAGGAAAGUUA